AUGGGCGAUGCUUUUGGCUGCUGCUUUAAUCUAAUUUUGCUGUGUGUUUCUUCACAGCUUCCUGUUAUGGGAGGAGCCUUUAUGGACUCACCCAACGAGGACUUUAGCACAGAGUACUCCCUGUUUAACUCAUCCGCCAAUGUCCAUGCAGCUUCUUCCAUGCAGAAUCCGCCAGAAGAGACAUCCCGUUCUUCAAAUGAUGCCAUAUUACUAUGGAUUGCCAUAAUUGCAACAAUUGGAAAUAUUGUGGUUGUGGGAGUGGUGUAUGCCUUCACCUUCUAGGAUGACUGACACUCUGACCAUGGGAGGCGAAAAUAACUGCAGCAGUAUUUGUCCUGUGUAUGUAUGUAUGUGUGUAUAUAUACAUGUAUAUCUAUAUAAAUACAUCUAGGUAGGGACUUUGUUGAUUAAGUGCUACCACAGUCAUGGAAAUGAAGUGCAAAUUAAUCACCUUGAAUCUUGAUGGCAGAAAACUUGGUUGCAAUUGCAAAUUGUAGGGAGGUGAGAGCUUUAAUCAUGACCAGAGUCAGUGUGCGUUUUGUAUAGAAAUAUAAUGAAAGAGAGGCCAGUGUGGAUAUAAUAAAUGCAAAAAAUAAAGUGAGAUUUAUACAGACAGUCCUUAUUUUGUACUGUUUAGAUUUUUUCUAGCAGCUUUUCUGG